AUGUUCUCCCGCGCCACUUCGCUGAGCAGAAGCUGCCGUUAUCUUCUCCGCACCUCCGUCCCCGUUCAUCAGAAAUCGUCCUUUUCGCUCUCCGCGCGCUCCUUUGCGGCUGUUAACGCUGCUAUGGCUGACACUUCUGGUAUCACGGCGGAUUCGCUGAAGCACAAGUUGACUGAGCAACUGCAGGCUCAGUUUGUUGAGAUUGAAGAUUUGUCUGGUGGUUGUGGACAGGCUUAUCAGGCGGUUAUCGUUUCGCCGCAAUUCGAGAGCAAGAACAUGCUCGCCCGACACCGGCUGGUCAACUCGGUCCUCAAGGCCGAGAUUGCUGCGAUCCACGCUUGGACACCCAAAUGCUACACCCCUGCACAGUGGCAGGCACUGCAUCAGUGA